AAUGUGUAAACGUGAAGAACGCAAGUGUGCGAGCUUGGAACGAUAGCGCUGGUGUUCCUAUGCUCCGAUGAGGUAGAUUGAGGGAGGACGAACAUAGUCUUGGCAAGAUCGUGGAAGUUCAAGUUAACGACAUCUGCUUCGGGAUCAUCGGAGAUUCUGCUGAGCUCUAUCGUUUAUAUGGCCUCGGAGGUGACAUUCGCUGAAGACAUCGUUAUACGUCUCUGGGUAGAGCUAGGGAAAGAGACCGAUUGUCGAGCCUGAGGCUGGUGCUGGGUAGAAAGUAGGAGACGAAUUGAUAAAGAUAUGUGGUGAAUUUGGUGGAUCUAUGUUACAUAAAAGUCAAAUCUUCGCCAGCCAAAGCUAUGGGUGUCAGUAGCAUAGAAAGCCAUCUGAUAACCUAAAGACAAUAAUUAUAAGAAUUGUAAGUAAUGCUUACCGCCAAGUCGGAGGAAUAUUCACAGCCUCUGUGACAGUCAAGAGCUUAGAGAGCUGUCAAGACGGUUUCGAGUGACCGCACAUCUCAUCAGUUCUCCUUCAUCUCCAGGCCCUGUGUCAAAAUCGUCUUCUCGUUCACGACUGACGAGAAUCUCAAAGGGAUCUUUUGGUUCGCUGGUCGUUACCUAGCUUUUCCUGCGCUCCUGGAAAGGUGCCGCGAGCUGGGAAUUCCAGAAGGCAAUUUAAAAAGCCUGGGAUCGAGUUCACCAUGAAUACCACGACACGUUAUAUCUUGUUGGUUAUAUUCUUGGUUAUUGGCCUUCACUCCAUCCUCAGUUUUACACACGAAGACUAUGGCCGAGCAACCUCUAUUUCAAACAUUGCUGCUCAGCUUCCCUGGUCCUCAUCAUCCUCAACAUUAGAGGACAUCCCGGACUCAUACUAUAUCUCACCCGAGACCAACGUAACUGGUGGCAUUCAAGCUGGCAAAGCCAACGCCACCCUCCUAAUGUUGGCUCGAAAUAGUGACACCGACAGCGCCGUGAGGAGUAUACGGGAGCUGGAGGAUAAGUUUAAUAAGAAGUUUAAGUAUCCUUGGGUGUUAUUGAACGAGGAGCCGUUCUCAGACGAAUUCAAAAAACGUAUCUCUAAUGUCGUAUCCGGAGAGGUGCAUUUUGGUGAAAUACCACAUGAUCAUUGGUACCAACCCGACUGGAUUGACGAAGAGAAGGCGACGGCUGCAAGGAAGAAGAUGGAGGAUGAUCACAUUAUCUAUGGCGGUAGCCUCUCAUACCGCAACAUGUGCCGUUUCAAUUCAGGUUUCUUCUAUCGUCACCCUAUACUGCAAAAUUAUAAGUGGUACUGGCGUGUCGAGCCCGAUGUUCACUUCCACUGUGAUAUCGACUUCGACCCCUUUGCAUAUAUGCAGGAGAACAAUAAAGUAUACGGUUUCACAAUCACCAUGUAUGAAUAUCUGGCUACAAUUCCUACGCUUUGGGAAACCGUUCAGAACUUCAUCAAAGAGAACCCUCAGUAUGUCGCCGAGAAUAACGCCGUGAACUACUUGUCAGAUAAUGGAGGCAGCUCAUUCAACCUUUGCCACUUCUGGAGCAACUUCGAGAUUGCCGACAUGGACUUCUGGAGAGGAGAGGCCUAUUCCAAGUUCUUCGACCACCUCGAUAAGACCGGUGGAUUCUAUUACGAGCGUUGGGGAGAUGCUCCAGUACACAGCAUUGCUGUUUCACUCUUCACCCGGAAAGACCAGAUUCACUUCUUUGACGACAUCGGCUAUGAGCACAAUCCCUACACACAUUGUCCAAGGGGUCCAGGAAAGUGGGAAAAGGGCAAGUGCUCAUGUAAUCCUGAUCACAGCUUCGACUACGAUGGAUAUUCCUGUAUGAAGCAAUGGGACAGGAUACAGUAAAACUGGGCCCUUUCAGGUUUCACACCUCCACGCUCACUGUGAUUCAUAAUUUCAUACUGGAUGGAGGGACCGUGACUGUUCAAUGUUGUAUUCAUUGAGCAGCCCGAGUCGCUGCGUCCUGGAGGCGAGCGACCUGCGACAAUACCUGUAUCGAUGGACUCCUGCAUAGACUUAGCACCAUAAUAUUAUUCUGUCAUUUUCGUUGCCUUUUUCG